AUCCUGAAAAGAUAAAAAUCAACUUUUAUCUCGGUGAACCUCUUUAUUUGGAGAAGGGGGUUUCUGUCAAUGAAGUACUGUUAAAAUGUGCAGAAAACAGGAAGAUUUCAGUGAACUCAAUGAAAGGAUUUAUGCUCAUACAGGAUGGUUUUUAUCUUAUUCCUGAUAAGAAACCCAUGGAAAGUGUCAGCAAUGAGCCUAUAUACUAUCGAUAUGUUGAUUAUCACACUGAAAGAGAUUGCCUUUAUUACAUUGACAAUUCUUGUUUUCAGUAUAUUUACCAUCAGUAUAAAAAUGAUGUAAGGGAGGGAAAUGUUCCCAAUGAAGCUGAGAUUCUGGUAGAACUGUGUGCGAUGGAGAUUAUGGUUAUGGCUAUGGUGUUUGGAGAUUCUCAAAAGCCCCAUAAGUAUAUACGGCACUACAAAGAAUUGACUGAGCACCCUCUCUUAGAUAUGGAAUCAAAAGAAGUCAAAGCUACCCUCACAAAAGCAUUAAAAGAUUUGAAAGAUAUAAGGACCGAAUAUGAAUGCAUGGAAAACUACAUCCGAACUGUGGAUAAGAAUAUAAAGGAGGUAAACAGAUUCAAUAAGGGUGUUUUCAGUGUAUCUAUUGAUAUGACCCUAAAGUCAGGGUUCAGUACUGGAAAGUUGCACAUCUGCAGAGAAAAAAUGGAGAUACUGGGGGAUAAUGAGUCUGCUACAGAAGAGGACAGGAAAUGUUUCAUCAAUCCAGCAUCAUUGAAACAGAAUCGGCCAGAGCUACAUAGCAUAGAGUUUUCUUAUCCCAAUCUUUACAUAAAAGCCUUUGAAAAAGAUUUGAGGAUUGACAUAUUGACUCAACGAAAUUGGUGUGGGAUCAAGUUCGCUCCUAAUGAAUCAUCAUCCGAAGAUGAUGGUCUGAAUCAAUACAAACAGUGGAGAAAAUGUGUUGCAAUGAUGUUCUUCUAUGCUAACUUAGAAUAUCCUCGUUCAAGAAAAGAACCCUGUCCUGCAGAAGUUGUUGAUGAGAAAGGACGCCAAAUUAUUCUCCAUGACAAGUCAUGUCCCCUUAUUGCCCCUAAUCCACCUGUUCAUUUUAAGCUCACCAGACAAGAUGUCAGGAUGAUACUGAAGCGGUAUGGCACUCAAGAUGGUUGGUAUAUGUUUAACACAUUUGAUGCAGCUCCGAAGCUCAAUGAAAAUCAGACGACAGGGGAAAUCUCGUUGAGUUACUGUAUGGAUGAACAGAUUCAUCAAAUGACUGUCACAUUUUCUCAAGAAAUUGGAUUUGGACCUCCUAUAUAUAGAAUCGAUGCUUUUAGAGGAAAGAAAUUUUGCUCCUUGUUUGAGCUCGCAUCACACUUUUCCAUCAACGGAAAACGACUUGAAAAAUUUAUUACAGACGCAAUGGUUAAAGACAUAAAUAUCCCAGGGCAUAUUUUUUUGCCGACAAACUGUAUAAAAACAAUAAAAACGAUCGAUGAUUACAAACGUGGGACUUUCUAUUCUCCUUUAGAUGACUCAAAGCAUAAUGUUCGACUCAUGCAGCUACCCAAGAAUUUUUGGUAUGGACUAGCAAACACGAGAGUUCUUGAAAUUGAAAACAUGGUCAGGUCUCUCUGUGAUGCUAACUCAAUUCAUCAAAACCUCAUCAGAUUGUUUGGCAUUUGCAAUGACAACCAAGGUGAAAACGUGUGCCAGAUAACUGAGGAUUUUGGAGUGUGUCUGCACGACUAUCUGAGAAACAAAGGUACCACCGACAGUCAUGAUAUCCUGAAAAUGGCUCAUCAGAUUGCUUCAGGAAUUUAUGGAUUACAUGAAAGGCAAAUUGUUCACGGGUUCCCAGUUCUGCACAACUGUCUAGUGGACCCUAUCACCAAAGUAGUGAAGGUAGGUGGUGUGGGUAUUCUGAGGAUUAGCAUUGCUACUCAGCGUUUGGAUGGAGAGAGAUCCCAAAUGAAAGAACAGCCGUCUUUCAAGUUGGAGACUGUCCCGGGGGAACCACGUUAUCAUCCCGCACGCUGGCUUCCUAAAGAAUCACUUUUCGAUCAUCAUUUCAACGAAUUAACUGAUAGGUGGUGUUUUGGAAUAGUACUGUGGCAGAUGUUCAACAAAUCAGAGAUUCCCCUGUCUGACGUUACUGAUGCUCAACUUGUCGAGCUACUUCAUCAGGAAAAGGAGUAUUGGUAUAAAGUAGACUUGGAGGUGAAGCAUGAUAACAAGUCUCUUGAGGUCAUGCUAGAGAAAACCAUCGACCACUGUCUCAAACUUAGUUGCGUUGAGUCGAUGGAGAAGGUAGUAAGACUGCUGGAUCUUGAGAAGGAAAGAACGGGCUCCAACAUGUACACUUUUGCUAAUAUGGACGACGACCUGCGUGAUCUGGAGGAGCUUGAGAUUGAGGAGAUUGACGGACUGUUGUGGUUCAAGACACCAGAUUACGACUGCAAUCUAGAUAACGAUGAUUCCAACUACAAGGAAAUGACGUCUGAGGCGAACUACUUUAGUCCGUACAACUCGAUAGAGAGUAUAGAGGAUGGACCCAACCAGCUGGACUAUGAUUCUAUCAACAAUAACGUUCAGUACGAACUAAAACUCAACAUUCCCUCUUCUGAGGUGGAUGUUAUUGAGUCUAUAAAGGAAAUAGAGGACUCUGAUAUUAUACUGACUGAAACGAUAAUAGGACAAGGAAACUUUGCCAGCGUCAAAAAAGGUAUCCUAAGAACUGACGAGGGCACUGAAGUAGCAGUGAAGAUGUACCACCCUGAUAUAAAAGCUAUCGAUAUACAGAAAGAGAUCGAUGCCAUGACUCAACUUAAACAUGAUUACAUAAUUCCUCUUAAAGGUGUUUACAGAAGGGACGGUACUGCUUGGCUUAUCAUGAACUUCUACAAGUUUGGUUCACUUGAUAAGUACAUCGAACAAAACUCGGACAUACCCGUGGAGCGGUUGUGUCUGUUUGCAAGUCAGAUAGCGGAGGGGAUGAAGUUCCUCUCUAACGAGAACUACAUACACAGGGACCUGUCUACUAGGAAUGUACUGGUACAGAACCAGUACAAAGUUAGGAUAUCUGACCUCGGUCUUUCUAGGAGUGUAGAAAAGCAGUACUACAAGCACAAGACAGGAGUUAUACCCUACCUCUGGUACCCACCAGAGUUCUUUGAGACUCACACUUACGGAAAAUCUCUAGAUGUCUGGUCCUAUGGUAUCACGUGUUGUGAAAUUUUCAACAACGCUGAGGUACCGUAUUUACAAUGUGAGCCUCCGAUCAGAGACAUUAAGAUGUUAAAAGACUUCUUCGACAGUGGAAGGCGCUUAGCCAUUCCGAACAAAGCUCCAGAAAUGUUCAGAAUCAUAAUUACCAAUUGCUGGAAAGAUAAAGCCGACCGGUGGACCUUCAAUGAUAUUGUCCAGUUUAUAUGUGAGAGGAGCGCACCAAGAUAAAGACUGCCUAGUUCCUCGACAAUAUUUCUUUUAAACUUCUUAUGACCGCUCUGAGCGAUGUCUUUUAACAGACGUUUAUGUGGACAAGAAGAUAUCAAACACGUUCCGCAGAAUUCCAUGACAAUUCUGGGAAUUGAAGCACAUUAUUAACUACGAAUACGCAAGGCGCGGCGCAAAAGAUAUGAAUAAAAGAAAAUGACCAAUCAACGACUACGCUCGAUCACGUGAUCUGAUCUGAGCGCGCGCAAUUGUUUGGUGUGUACGGCCGCGGUUGCUGCAUGGAUUCUCGAUUCUAUCAGAUCAGACUAUCAAGUAUCAAAGUAUCAUUUUAAAAUUAUCUCAGAUUUAAGUUUGAACUUGAUACUAAAAUGACUACAUACUUUCAAGCCUCUGUUUCAGGCCUUUGAUGGAUGAGAUUCUUAAACUAUUCUUUCCUUGGAAUGCAAUUCUAAAGUCGAGAAAAUAGCCUGGUUAAUGGGCAAGGAUUUCUCAUUUCGUCAACUUAUUCAUUGUAAUUGUUAUUUCUGUACCGAUUAACCAAACAAAAAAUGCAGCCGCUUUAAUUAUUUUGUGGAUGGCCGCUCAAUUUCCCGAUCUUUGAUGGCGUAUUUUAUCAUAUUCAAUAUUCCAUACAAGUUACAACCUGGGGACCCCAGUACAGUCUCUACUGUUAAUAAGCAUGCAGAUAUGGUGGAGUGACAUGCCGAGCGCCGCCCAGUUAAUAUAAUUAUAAUUCUACAGGGUGGGCCAAAAGUCAUAAGUCAUUGGGCAUACGUUGGUCUUAAUCUAGCUCCGCCGUGUUUUAUAUUUGAGAGCUGUUGCUUUGCAGAUAGCAUACUGUACCUUCU